AUGGCCGACCAUUAUCAACAAUAUGCAACCGUACCUCAACCGGUGGAGACUUACGAAACCGCCGCCGAGUGGCUAAUUUCACAACUCUCAGGCAAUAUUUUGGCGAAACGUGAUGUCUUUAAGGUUGCGGUGCAUCAGGCGAACAGGGAAUUGGGCCAGGAGGCGGGACAAAAGUUCACUCUCACACUCUUCACCCAAGCAGAAGAUUACCCUAGGCACAACCCUACCUUGAAAAUCCCAGUGACUGGAAUUAUCAAAAGUCGACUUAUGGGCUUAGCUAGAGAGAAAGGCAGCCGUGUUGAUUUUAACGGCCUAGGGAAACACAUAACGGCCUGGAUUGUGGAGUUGGAAGCUCCCCCUCCGGUCCUGCAUCUGGCAAUCAACCCAGCUCUCGACGUGGUUCCCACUCGGGAUUUCACUCUUCUUUGCACCCCGGAUCCCACCAUCAAUCGCGAGGUAUCUCACAAUUUCAUUCUGACCCUGUCUCCCCGCAACACGGUUCCCACCAUGGAUCCCUGCCUCACUCCCAACAUUCUUCUCACCCAGGUUCAGAACGUGGCUCUCGACGCAGCUCCGUAUCUCACCCUCUACCUCCUUCUAGAGCUGGCUCCGAAUACGGUUCCCCAUCUCCUUCCCAAGCUGGUCCCGACGACCCCUCAUCGACCACAAAACGUCGGCGAUCUUCUAGCACCAGUAAUAAGAUGGCAGGAUUUUUUGGAGGCAAGAAACCCAAGGGGAAAUAGGAAUCGUGUGAGAUAA